CCUAUGGGUUUGCAAUGGGAAGUUGACCAGAACCUUCUCGUGCAUCAGACAGCGAACAGUAACAGGAAAAGAAAUCGCUACAAAGUUUGUACACGGUUCCAUGUUCAAUCGCAAAACCAGUGACGCGAAAGCUGGGGGAGUUUUCUGCGGCGGAUCCAAGCUACGAGUGAAGCUGCGCUGCUUGUUUUUCUUUUUGGAUUCUGAAAAUCUCUAAUUUCUUGAUUUUUAAACUAGACAAUUAACCCUGAGAUCAAGCUGUGCGGGGAGAUUCGAGGCUUUUUUGUAUUGCUAGUUUUGUUGUUCGCCGACAAGGAUUCAGGGAAGUUUACGUUUGGAGAAGGGUAUGGGUUCGCCGAGCAAUUACGAGACGAAGCUGGUGGAAGGGGAAUUCGGAUACGUUCUCGAAGAUGUGCCUCAUUUAACCGAUUACAUCUCCGAUCUUCCGACCUAUCCAAAUCCACUUCGCUCCAAUCCUGCAUAUUCUGUUGUCAAGCAGUACUUUGUUGACAUGGAUGAUAGCGUUCCCCAAAAGAUUGUUGUUCACAAGGAUACUCCAAGGGGGACACAUUUUCGGCGCGCUGGUCCUCGCCAGAAGGUCUAUUUUUCCUCAGAUGAAGUUCAUGCUUGCAUUGUUACGUGUGGUGGUUUGUGCCCGGGGCUAAACACUGUGAUCAGGGAAAUUAUUCAUAGCCUUGAUUAUAUGUAUGGGGUCAACAAAGUCCUUGGGAUUGAAGGUGGCUAUAGGGGUUUUUAUGCAAAGAAUACCAUUACCCUGACACCAAAGCUUGUAAAUGACAUACAUAAGCGUGGUGGUACAAUCUUGGGAACAUCUCGCGGUGGCCAUGAUACCACGAAGAUUGUUGACAGCAUUCAGGACCGUGGAAUCAAUCAGGUUUACAUAAUUGGGGGAGAUGGCACCCAGAAAGGAGCUACUGUAAUCUAUGAGGAAAUCAGAAAGCGUGGUCUUAAGGUUGCUGUUGCUGGAAUCCCCAAGACAAUUGACAAUGAUAUCCCGGUCAUUGACAAGUCAUUUGGUUUUGAUACCGCUGUAGAGGAAGCUCAACGUGCCAUAAAUGCUGCACAUGUGGAAGCUGAGAGUGCAGAGAAUGGGAUUGGUGUAGUGAAACUGAUGGGUCGCUACAGUGGUUUUAUAGCUAUGUAUGCUACGCUGGCUAGUCGAGACGUGGACUGCUGUUUGAUACCAGAAUCACCUUUUUAUCUUGAAGGAAAAGGUGGACUUUUUGAAUAUAUAGAGAAAAGGCUCAAAGAGAAUGGCCAUAUGGUCCUUGUUAUUGCCGAGGGAGCAGGGCAGGAACUUCUUGCAGGGAAAACUGAACAAGAUGCUUCUGGGAACAAGCUUCUUCAAGAUGUUGGGUUGUGGAUUUCUCAAAGGAUAAAGGAUCAUUUUGCGAAGAAAAAUAAAAUGCCAAUUACUCUAAAAUAUAUAGAUCCAACUUACAUGAUUCGAGCUAUUCCGAGUAACGCGUCCGAUAAUGUGUACUGCACACUUCUUGCUCAGAGUACUGUCCAUGGAGCGAUGGCAGGAUACACAGGCUUCACAUGUGGGCUUGUCAAUGGCAGGCAUACAUACAUUCCCUUCAAUCGAAUCAUUGAAAGGCAAAACCAGGUUGUGAUAACAGACAGGAUGUGGGCGAGGCUUCUCUCGUCCACCAAUCAACCAAGCUUCCUGGAACCAAGAGAGACUGAAUCUGUAAAGGAGAAUGGUGAGAACCCGGACGCCUGCGCAGAUAACAUAAAGGGUACUUGAUUUCUCAAUCACUCCUGUUUGCAUGAUUUCACCUCUUAAAAUUUUAUAUGCUUCUGUCACAGUAAAGUUAAAUUUGGUCGGGUCUUUGUGGUGAAUAAUCCUUGAGGUAACUUUUGUGUUAAAAAGAUGCCUCAGCUGAAUGACUGAUUGUCGAACCCUUUUGAUUUUGAGAAUGCUCAUACUGAAAGUUCCUUAUAUAUGUAUGUAUGUAUUACUUGCUGCUGCCGUUCCCGAUUAGUUUUUAUGUAAAGCUUCCAGAAAGUAUACAUAUGACUUAAUAAUAAUUUGGCUUUGAAGUAA